GAAUUUCCGCAGCCGAAUGUAAACAAGAAACAGCUGUUUAAUUAGCAUGCAUAAGUAUUACAGUAAUGAUGUGAUAACAACGAUAAAGUAAAUGCUGGUAAAUCCAUUAACAUUCCUGAAGAGUAGCCGACACGGAGAGAAUAACUACAUAUGUACAUACAUAAAAACGUGCCACAUACAAAAUCCUGAAUACAGAGCUUCAAUUGCAACUCCCAAACAUUUCAAACAUCAGUUUUUAUCAAAACAAAAAUGUCACGAUCAUUACAGCAAUAUCGUUAUUGUUUUAUCGCUGGCGCCUUUGCUGCUGGCGGCAGCUUCUUUGGUCGUGCACCAAGUCAAAUUUCGGAAGUACCUUUAUUAGCGAAGCUGCUUUCAACGGAUGCAAUUUACUUUUUCGAGUCGAUUCUGCUGCGCCUACUCCCCAUUGCAUUGAUGGUGAUUUGUAAUUUGUUGAAUUGGCGUUACUUUCUCAAAGCGCUACAAUGCACCGAACAAACAUUGACCGCAACUGUGCUAACAGCUGCUGCCAAUUAUAUGCUAUCGUUUAUAUUAGGUGCACUUGUGUAUCGAGAAGUAUUUACACUGCUAUCAACUGUGGGUGCAGCAUUGAUAAUUGCGGGGCUUUGGUUUCUCUGUAAGGCACAAGAACAGCAAAAAGCAAACGAAAAACGUAAGAAGCUUACGUGAAGAAUAAAAUUAGUUGGUAGUCUAUUAAGUAUUUAAUUGUACAGAAAAUUAAUUUAAUGGUUGCGUUUCUUUAUACAUUCCGGAUAAUCCGAUUUCAGAGCCAGAAUAAACAGAACGCGUUUGAAAUAUACGUUAGCAUAUCAUCAGGAACGUUCUCAAGAAUAAGUAAACAAAAAAGUUUAUUCCCAACGUUCAGAAUGAAUAAAGAAAUGCAGCCAAUAUAAAAUAUGCGGAAAUAUAUUAUAUUAAACUAGAGUAAUUUCAUUUGCAGGA